UGGAGUUAAAUGGUUAUCUCCCCUUGUUAGAGCUCUUCUGUGUUUCUGGGUGAAAAUGACAGAUGUAACAACAUGGAAGAUGAAGAAUCAGAAGAUAAGAACAGGAUUUGUGACUUUUCAAGUAUUUCUUCAAAAUGUGGUGAGUCACUUCACUAUGAGAGUGAAAAGGGAUAUUUUAAUAUAACUGAAUGUGUAAAAGACGCCACAAUACACCUUCGGCGAACAAAUUGCUCAGAACAUGUUGGGUACAGAAGUGACAUUCCAGAAGGACUUCUCAUUUUAUACAGAAGUGGUAUUUUUACUAUCGAUGACUCUUGUUUAAAUCUUGCAAUAUGUCAAAAGCAUCGGGAUGAACUAGGAAUCUAUUGGAAGGACAAAAGACAUACUUGCCAAUUUUCAGGUCAUUCCAAAGACAGCAAAGAAAGGCCUAGUAGGGGUACACAGCCAACCACUUGCAAGCAGCACUGGCUGCACACAAGGGAAAUUAUAACAGUUGGCGCUGGUAUUUGUAAGCAGUGCUACCUGAAACUUAAAGAAUCUCACGGAGAAUUCAAAAUCAACCUUCAGGAAGAAAUUGAAUCAUUUGAGAGGCUGUGUAGACUUGCAGAAUCAACUAAAUCAGAAAAAGACAGCAAUUAUGAAAAAACAGAAGAUGUGCCGAAAGAAUUCUCUCAAGAAAGUUCUACAACAAAAACAACGGCUUCUGAUUUUUCUGACUUUUCCCAGGAGUCACAUUCUGAUUGGGAACUGGAGAAUGAAAGUACCAGAGAAAAGUUCAAUCGUGCCAUGAGUUUGCUCAGUAAAGGAAAAUUUCCUGCCUUAAAGAGCCAGCUGCAAUUACCAUGGGAAAACAUAUCAAGAAGUACAAAAUCCUUGUAUUUAACAAUUGCGAAUGAUGCUAUACAUGUAUUACUUGAACAUAUUGUACCAGGACAGGUUGAUAAAGUUAUAUCAGAACUUGCAUCAAAACAUACAGCAAAUGAAGAUAAAUUGCUGAAUGAAGAUAUACUGACAAAAGCUUUGAUUAAAGCUUACUUGGACCAAGACAAUCGACUGAACAAAGUACAGAUUUUGUCACUCUUUGCUCACAAGUUUACGAAAGAAAAACUCUUGAGGCUAAUCCCAGGUAUGACAGUUGCAAAAAUUGAUGCAGCAAGAAGGCAUGCAGCAUUGGAAUCACCAGGACAAAUCAUCAACAAGCCAACAAUUUACAGAAUACGAUUAAGUGUACCGCAAAUUACACACUUCAUUCAGUUUAUUAGCAGUCCAGCUUAUCAUCAGGUUGUUGGAUAUGGCUCCAGGAAAUUGCAUCUGGUGUGGAAAUACAAAUUCCCAAAGUUGUUCGAAAUGUCAUAUCUUCAAGGCUGAUCAACACUUAU